AACGGCAGAUUGUGAGCGUGAGAGAAGAAAUCAUCCCCUUUCUCUCUCUAAAAAACCUUCUCUAUAUAUGUGGGUUUCGGCCCUCAUCUUUGCCUCUUUCGCGUCUGAAUUCCGAACAAAAAUCGUACUCCCUGAGGUUCUUUUCAAGAAAUCCAUUACAAAAACCACAUAAACUCACACACUUCAGACACAGAUUGACACAAGGGAUUGAGAUUUUAGAGAGAGAAAGUGUUUUUCUGUAUGCGAUUGUCUCUACUUCAUUCAAUAUACAAUGUCCACUUUGUAGCGGACAAGGUAAAUUUAAUCAUAUGUAUUGGAAGAUUCAAUUGUAAUUAAAUCGAUCAUCACUUCGUCUCUGUCUCUCUCUUUCUCUCUCUCUUGAUGUCUGAAAAAUCACAAUUUUUUGUUUGAUUCGUGCUAUAAAGCGCCUUUAGAAAGGGGAUAGUUCCGGGGGAUUUUUUCGUGUUGUGAUUUUCACUUUAUUCGAUUGAAAAUUUCAAACUUUGCUAUGGGAGCUUUAUUUGGAUUCUUAGUGAAUUAAGAUUUAGGGUAUUGUGUAAUUCCGAGGGUUUUUUUUCUAGUUUUUUGGUCGGAUCGAUUACUCGAGAGAUACAUUGAGUUUUUGGAGAAUUAGGGUUUCGAUCGAGAUUUGUGAUUGGGGACUCUAACUUGGUCUGUUAGGACCUUCGUCCAUUUGAGUGCAUUUCUACAUCGGUAGUCAUGAUUUUGAGAAAUCUCUGAUCUUCUUAUCAAGGGCACAUAUAGUAUCGCAUAGGCAGUGAUCAGAGCUGGAUUCACCAUGGGGAAGUAGCACUGAUGCUUUCGUAUCUACAAAACUAGCAAGGCAGAAGAAUUGCUUUGUUUUUCCUUCAGAAACAAUCACUCCGGUUUCCAUAGUUUAUGCAAAUUCUGCACAUUCUGUAUCUUUUGUGCCUUUCAUGUUUGGCUUUACAACUUAAGCAUUUCCCUCCUGUUAGAUUUUCUAGGUGUAGUAACUAGUAAGGAGCUUUUGAUUUGGAUUACAAUCACUAUUGAAGGUAUAACUUAAGUUUGGUUAUGGGUGGUUUUGCAGUUUGAAACUGCGGGUUUCAUGGAAGAAGAACAUUGAAUCUGGAAAUGAGUGCAAGGACAUGGUUAAUGGAGAGGAUAAUAGUUGCUGGUUCCUUUCCACUUUGGGACUGCUGUUCUUGAAAGUAUUUGAAAAAAAGCUUUUCUUCACCAUUAUCUCUGAUACUUAUCAUUUGUGUAAUUUGUGCAAUGUCUCGGUGCUUUCCAUUUCCACCACCUGGAUAUGAAAAGAAACCUACAACAGACGAUCUUGACUUGCUGAAGAAGGAAAAACGCAAAGAGAAGAAGCAUAAAAAGGACAAGAAAGACAAAGAGAAAAAAGAAGGGAAAGAAAAAAGGGAAAAAGACAGAAGCGAAAGUAAACAUAAAGAUAAAAAAGACAAGAAAGAUAAACACCGAGACAAAAAGAAGGACAAAGAGAAGGGUAAAACCAGUACCCAAGAUGAGGGGUAUAAUGGGGAAAAGCACAAUGAACAAAUGCAACAAAUUCAAGACAAGAAACACUCUCUUCAAUUUCGAAAUGGUGAAUCCAAUAAAGAUAGAACAAAUUCCUCAGAUGACAAGAAACAACAAUCAACACAAUUCCAGGGGCAAAAUGGGGAUUUGGCACGAAACAGGGAUACAGAGAAUAUUAAAUUUGUGCAGGAAUUGGAUAGAAGGAUUAGAGAUGAGGAAAAGGGAAGUGGUAGCCACCAGUUUUUUAAUGAAGGUAGAAAAAGUAGUUAUAACAACAAAGUUGAGAUGCAAAAUGCAAUGGCAAGAAGUAAGAUCAAUGGUGCUACACCACCACCACCACCACCACCAUCACAACCACCACUACCACCACCACCACAACCACCUUUGGACCACAAGAUUGAGAGGAGAUUUGAUCAGAAAGAGAAAGUGCAAGAAAGUGAUGAUAGAAGGGGAGAUAAAAGGAAGCACAAAGAUAGGGAUAAACAAAGGGCAGGAAAGGAAAAAGAUAAUGAAAAGGAGAAAAAAGAGAAGUCAAAAGAAAAAAAUGAAAGAGAGAGGGAGAAGAAUAAACAUAUGAAGAAGAGUGAUUCACCAAUGGCUACUCUUAAUAAUUUGUCUUCACAUAUUCUUGAAAAUAGUUUUCAUGAAGGAAUCUUGAAGAAAAGGAAAGAAAUGGAGACAAAUGGUGUUUCUCAUGAAAACGAGCCCAGGCCCAAUAAGAUGGCCCGGCCCAUUUCCAAUAUCUCCCCAGAAAACGGAAGGCCCCAAAACCAAAACCCAAGCUCAAGUUUCUUAGAUAACCAAAGGGAAAGAGAAAGGUCAUCAUCUCAAAAUAAUUUCAAAAUGGGUGGUGGAAAAAGUCAAAAAGUCAACGGCAUCAUACCACCACCUUCCCCACCACUCUCAGCCUCUCUUCCCGCCAAAAAACCACCAAUUGCUGCCUUCAAUCAUCUCCACCACAAACCCUCCCCCAUAAAAUCGCCUCCACCACCUGUAAUUACAAAUACAAACCAUGUCACCGCCCAGUCACCACCAGUCACCGCCACCAAGCUGCCGCCACCACCUCCUCCAAUUCCGAUUCCAAUUCCAGUUCCUGCAAAACAACCUGUCUCCCGCCCUAAACCACCGCCUGUCGUCAAGGCGGCGGCAGCACCACCACCUCCACCGCCCAAAAAGAAGGCGGAAACAGUCAAACCGCCACACCCCGAUACGAAAUACUUAAACCAAAUACUCACGGUUCCGAAACCGGAUGAGUGGGGUGGUGUUGACGACCAAGAAUGGCUGUUUAGCACGUCAGCACCACCACCACUGCCGCCACGUGAGGCGGCAACAAUGGCGGAUGUGCAGGUAUGGUCUGAAGCUAAGCACAUAGAAUCUGUUGAUGUUUGUGCUUUGCCGUAUGUUAUUCCCUACUAAUUCAUUUUCAAUGAGAACACAAAAAGAAAAACAAACAAUUUCAAUGUGGGAAUUCAUGAUUCCGGAGUCAGUCAGUCAGUCACAUUCUUUCUAAUUCCAUUCGCGGGUGUCAUCGGAAUCGGAAUUGAAGAAAAGAAAUGGAAAGUUUUUCCGUGAGGAGUUUGAGUUCAUGAGAUAUAUAAACGAAAAUGGAAAGGAGAAGAAGAAGAUGAUGAUGAUGCAUUGGUGGCUUUUCUGCAAUGUUUAUUGAUAUUUGCUAAAAAUGCUAAAAUGCACUUUGAUGCUAUGCUAACAUGAGCGAGAGAGAGAGAGAAAGAGUGAGUGUAAAAGAAAAACUUGUUUUAUGGUGUGGUGUGUUGUUACAAUUUCACCACAAUUUUUGAUUUUGUAAUAUAGAACUAUUUACAUUAUUACAUGGUGAUGAAAAAAUGUAAGAUAGGUUAGGAGAGGGGUAAGAUGGGGAACAAGAAGAUAUUAAAGAAAAGAGAGGUUGGGGAAAUACAUUUUGCUUUGCUACUUAUAUUGCUUUAUCUAUUAUUAUCCUCUUUAUUUUUAUA